AUGUCCAAGAGGGCGGUCUACACAGACAAAGCGCCCAAACCGCGGCCGGUAUACAACCAAGCCAUCGUUGCCAAUGGCUUUGUGUUCUGCUCGGGCCAGCUCCCAAAAGAUUUGUCUGGAAAAUUGGUCGAGGGGACGGUGCAAGAUCGGACACACCAAUGCAUCGCAAACCUCCGGGCCGUUCUGGAGGCGGCAGGGUCAAGCCUCGACAAGGUGGUUGAAGUCAAUGUGUUCUUGUCCGACAUUGCCGAUUUUGCAAGCAUGAACGAAGUGUAUUCGCAUUACUGGGGCGACGUGAAACCUGCAAGAACGUAA